GGACCGGCCACGCGCUUGUGCGUUCUUUUGCAACACCAAUUCGUGCAUUUCACUCAAGUGCUGCUCAGUUCAACUCUGCCCCCCCUUUUCCAUAAAGACCGGUACAAAUCGACGAAAGAUGAUUAGACAACUCGCGUCCCUCGUGCUUGCGCUGGGCCUGUUUGCGACGUACGCAGCAGCUUACACGACAAUUAUGAAUGUGCAGUCGCAGGAGUGCUACCACGAGCGCAUGAAGCAGGGCGAGCAUUUCUCGAUUACCUUCGAGACAGCAGGCAAGCUGCCAGUUGAUUUCGUAUUCAAGGAUCCGAUGGGCACUGCUGUAUACUCGCUGCCGCACACCGGCGAGGGCGGCUACAGUUACCUGGCACAGACGGACGGCCGCCACUCGUACUGCUUUAUCAACGGCGCGCCGCACGAGAUUGUAGUGAACUUCAACCCGCACGGGCCCGAGGAGGAGACCUUCCUGGCUUCUUCCCAUGACGCGACGCCGGCAGAGGCUGCAGUGCGCAAGCUGGCGCACAAUGUUGAGGAGGUCCAGGACCACUUCAACCAUAUGAUGUUCCGCCAUGAGGUCCACGACAAGAGCGUCGCUGACACGCAGAAGCGCAUGUUCCACUGGGCCGUUCUGCAGACACUGGCUCUUGCUGGUGCCUGCGGCUGGCAGAUCUACUAUGUCCGGUCUCUGUUCAAGAUGCGCGGUGUCGUUUAAGCGAGCAAGCGAAAAGAUAUAGGCAACGUCAUUCUCUUCAAACCAAUUUUAAAAUUCUCCACUCCAAUGUCUGGUUCUCAAGGAUGAUACAGUACCGGGCCUUGACCUGGUCCAUAUGCUUGAUGGCCUCCCUGACCUUAGCCAUUGGGUAGCGCUCGAUGAUCGGGCGGAUGCUGUGCUUGGCAGCAAACUCCAAGGUCUCCUUGAUGUUCUUGCUACC